AUGACAGCCUCGCGAGCAUCUGAAACGGCAUGGAGGGUCAACAAUUGGCCAGUUCUCGCUAAAAUAGACACGAGACUGAAUUUCGAUAAAGAGGACCAUUGCGAAUUCAUGUACUACAAGAGGCAUGAUAUGUCCAACACCAGAUUCGAAAACGGAACUGACCUCAGGAAAUACGUUCGUGACGAAAUUAUAACAACAGCAGUCUGGAAAAUGGACAGUAAAGCACAGCGUAUCGGAAACGACGGGGCUCUCACCUUGGUUGAAGCUAUGGAGGAGCGUAUGGCCAGAAUGGAGAAGGAACUGGCUGAUCAGAAGAAAAAGACAGCUGAGCAGGCCGAAGAACUUGCUGAUCAGAAGAAAAGGACAGUUGACCAGGCCGAAGAACUUGCUGAUCAGAAGAAAAGGACAGCUGACCAGGUCAAAGAACUUGCUGAUCAGAAGAAAAAGGUAGCGGGUCGUAACAGGCUGUGGUGGAAAUUUCGUGUUUCUGAGCUUGAGAGAAUCAUAAAAAAGACCCAUAAUGCAGCCCGCUUUGAACGAAAUGAGAUCGUCCAUGGUGCAGACGUGUUGAAUGAUUACCAAGCCCUGGAGUACGCAGAUCGGCCAGACAACGAAGCUCAAUUUAAGACUGCAUCGGAAGGAUUUAAAAAAGCCUACGGGUUACAGCUGGGCUCUUUCAGUUACGACAAGCUUUCUAAAGCACCAGAAGGGGUGAUUGAUAUCAUAAGUCUUAGAGGAAAUGUGACUUUUCUCGACUGGUUCUCAAAUCACAAAGAGGAAGCAGGUGUGAUAGCAAAGCAGUGCGAUUUGGCCGUGCGCAAAUGGCUGAAAUCCAUCAAGACAAAUGGUGUGCCAUAUCCGGAGGAUGCAGUAAAGGCUGACUACAAGCGAGUCAAGGAGCUCUACGAUAGCGUGAGAAGCCAAGAAGUGUGA